AUGUCAAAUCCGAGUUUCAAGCUUGAUGAUAAUGCCCCAACUGUAAGCUGGGCUGAAUCAAGGAGUGGAGGAGAAGGAGACUCUUCUGCCUCUCAGGUCAAGGCAUUGUACAUCAAGAAUUUACCUAGAGAUAUAACACAAGAACGUCUAAAGGCAUUAUUUGAACAUCACGGGAAAAUACUGAAAGUGGUGAUCCCACCAGCAAAACCAGGAAAGGAAGACAGUAGAUACGGAUUUGUGCACUACGCAGAGAGGACAAGCGUAAUGCGAGCUUUGAAAAACACUGAAAGAUAUGAGAUUGAUGCUUCUGCCUAUUCACAACCAUUAAUGCAUGCGGGAGGUCACGCAGCUGGUGGAAUGUCGAUGAUGCCAAUCAUGUUACCUGAUGGAAGGAUCCGAUACGUCUUGCAACAGCCUGGACUAGCAGCGAUGCCACAACCACCACCGAGGCCUUCUCCACCGUAUAGGGGAGGCAGCGGUUCGAGCAGUAGCAAACAAAGUAGCGACAAUGGUAGAGGACGAAGCCGUUACAAUCCUUAUUAG